UGUUGUCAUCUUGGGUGUCUCCGAUGAUGUAGUGAUAAUGGUAGAAAAAAUAUCCAUGUUAUCCGUAUCGUAUUUAUUAAUCUAUCAUCGUCGUCGUCUAUCUGUGGCAGUGAAAUUGAGUAGGCCCUUGGUCUUUGGCGUUCCUGAGAUAUACACAUAUUGAGACCAAAGAGCUUACUGGGUUUAAAGCAAUGGGAGCUAUCGGAAGAGCCUUGGCUGUUCUGGGGUGGUUUGCUUUGAUUCAUCAAAUACUCAUUUACAUCGCUAUUUACAAGCGCUAUAAACGUAUAUCACGACUACCUUCACUAACCAGAGCCGACGACAUCGUUGUUUAUACUCAACAAGAAACAUAUAAUCAACCUAACAAAGAAAUCAAAAUAAAACAGCAAAAGAAACGCCGAAAAUCCAACUCAAGAAACGUCCCGCAAGAUACAAAUCUCUUGUUAAACAUUCCAUUGUAUGGAAGCAGUGUUUAUAUAAAACGAGGCACAAAUAGCUUAACAAAUUUAAAGUUACUAGACGUCCACUGUGAGAAAUUGAUUCAGGGUGAUCCAGCAUAUGUGAAAAAGACUAAAAUGAUUCUAGCUAAACAUAAAAAGGUCGUUUUCAAACCUAAAAUUUACUUGAGUUUAGCCAAGUCAUGUGACAGGCUGAUAAAAUCACGUGGUUAUGUAAUGAACGUGAGUAAAGAGGAAAGGGAAUUCCCCAUUGCCUAUAAUAUCAUCAUGCAUCAUGAUAUAGAGAUGGCAGAGAGAUUAUUACGAUCUAUUUACAGACCUUCCAAUAUAUAUUGUAUACACGUAGAUGGGAAAUCCCCCAUUAAUCUAUUUAAAGCCAUGUCCGGGCUCGCGAAAUGCUUCGAUAACGUCAUCAUGGCGUCACACAGAAGUACAGUCAGGUGGGGUCAGUAUAGUGUAUUUCAAGCAGAACUGACGUGUAUGGAUGAUCUACUAAAGUAUAAAAAUUGGAAAUAUUUGAUAAAUCUUGCUGGUCAGGAUUUUCCUUUAAAAACUAAUCUUGGAAUUGUUCGUAUUUUGAGAGCAUUUCGUGGUGCCAACAGUGUAUCUGGGGCGCCAUUCAGUGGAAAGGUUUGGAAAUCCAGAAUGUCUAAGACUGGUACCCCAAUAUCGGACAUUGUCCUAAAGAAAGGAUCUCAACAUAUUCUAGCCAGCCGGAAGUUUAUCACAUACAUUAGGACAGCACCAAAAGCUCUCCAGUUUGCUGAUUGGUUGAAAAAGGCAAAGCAUCCUCAUGAGACGUUUUUUAAUUCACUUUGUUUUAGUCCACAGUUGAAUAUUUCUGGUUGUUACAAAGGGAAGAGAGAGCAGUUACUUGAGAAAGAAGCAAUGGCUAGAUAUAAAAUAUGGUCCACAGAUGGCGUCAAGUGUAGCGGUAAAUGGAAAAGAAGUAUCUGUAUAUUUGGUAUGAAGGAACUACCGGGUUUAACCAAGGCACCGCAUUUAUUCAGUAAUAAACAUCUUUCUGAUUAUCAACCCGUCACCCUUGACUGUCUGGAGAAAUGGCUAUUUGAUAAAAUACAUAAUGAACAACAGGAAAAAUCUUCUAACAUUAAUCUAAGUUUUUAUAUAAAUCAGGAUUUUGUAAGAAAUCAAAUCCCUUGAAUAAAUGGCUGA